GUGCACUCCGUCAGCGCCUGAACUAUGCCAACUCAACUGGUAGAUCAGGAUACUUUCCUUCGGCAGCUGGAUGCUCUGUUCAAACAGUCCGUGGAACACGGCACAGUAUGGCUCACCCAUAAGCGGCUGAAGUAUGAUCUUGUUAAUGCGCCCGAUGUUCCGGAAUAUGCCAAUGAAUACCCGUGCCUUCUUCGGGCGUCUAACGGGAAGGACAUCAAGUUCGAGACACGAAUAGAACCUGGCCAAUUGCCUAGAUUCCAUGCAGCAUAUGGCUCACUACUGAAGGCCUCGAUGACCACUCUGCGCAAACGAGACAAGAAACGAGAGAAACAAAAGGCUGAAGAGUUGUUGAAGAAGAAGAAACGAUUGACAAACCCAAUACCCAUCGAAGGACCCAAGCGUGGUAACAAUAGGAAGAAACGACAGCGUAGGAUGAAAGCUGCCGCAAAGCAGGAGAACAUGCGGAAGAAAGUAGAAGAGAGGGAGGAAGCAAAAAAGGCUCAGCGCGCGUAGCCGUUUUACUGUUUUCAUGGACAUAUGGUCCCUGUCAUGCUGCCGAUCAGUGUCGUAAGCUCUGUUGAUCAUAUUCAUCGGGGGAGCUCUUCCCGGGAAUGUUCGCUGGUAACACUUUGAUCAGACAAACACGCGCGGACUCUCUAUCCAAACCAUCCGGAAAGGGCCCGUUACCAACGGGUGCAGGGUGUAUGGCCGUAGCUUCGCUGCAGUCUGAUCGAUGGACCCAGUCGGGUCCUCCUCGACUUUGUCGUAUACCAAAGCCCUUCAAGAUGGGCAUUCAAGUUCCGAAGCAAGGUUGCUAGUGGCCCCGAUAGCAAAAUACCAUAAACCAAAUUCUCAGCCACGGGAGACUGAGAUUGCAAUUGUCAGACAACGAUGACAUUUAAUCGGUCUUUCGCGCAUUUCUGGGGGGCACCGGGUUUGCAUACAGUGCUUACUCCUCACCAUGCAUUCCAUGCAGUGCGUAUGUGUGAGAAACCGAUGAGACAGCGUUGGGAAGGAUCGUGGAGCUGAUGAGUAAUGGCUGAAAGAUGGACAAGACUUAU